GACAUAGUCAUAAUCUAACAGAAAUACAAAAUUCGAAGUACAUAGUUUAAAUCAUUUCAUGUUACUCCAACCUAAAACGACAAUAAAGCAUUGAGUCAACAAUACACUGUUUGCACGCAGUCAAGGAAGUUCUUCUCGUUACGACAAAAAGUUUCAAAGAUGAGUAACAAUAUCGAAACCGAGUUUUCAAACUCUCACAUACUAACACGGUCUGGUGGCCGACGGCUGCGCAACAGAAACUGGAACAAGGGAUCCAAUAAAAGAGCUGGAGUCAACUCAGCGAUUGCUGAAUCCAGAGCUUUGUUAAACGACGAAGACUUGAAACUUCAUGUUUACAAGAAGACGUUGCAAGCCUAUUUAUAUCCAAUCACAAACACCACUCCACAUAAGUUCAUUGUAUGGACCGCGAAGAAACCUGCGCAUUGCUAUGAAUGUGAAGGGUUGUUAUGGGGUUUAGCGAGACAAGGACUACGUUGCAUCGAUUGUGGAGUAAAAUGUCAUGAAAGAUGUCAAGAUUUACUCAACGCUGAUUGCCUGCAAAAGGCCGCUGUGAAAGUUCACAACAUGGCUCAUCGGAUAAGACACAGAACAUAAUUGAAGCAAUUCGAAGCAGAAUGGAGGAACGUGAGAAAGAAAAAGAAACUACUUUCAAUAUGAUAAGGGAUUUGUUUAAUAUUCCUGCGGAACGACAUGUGAAGCACAUGAAAGCUAGUAAGCAGAGUGUGUUGGAUGGAACAUGCAAAUGGUCCGCUAAAUUAUCUGUUACCAUUGUGGAAGCUAAGGGAUUACAGGCGAAAGAUAAAACUGGUGCGAGCGAUCCUUAUGUGACAGUCGAAGUAGGAAAGACAAAGAAAAGAACAAAAACAAUUUUCAACACUCUCGAUCCAGUGUGGAACGCAACUUAUGACUUUGAAUGCCAUGACUCAUCCGAUCGGCUAAAGAUACAAGUAUGGGACGAAGAUGAUGAUAUAAAAGCUGUUGUUAAGCAAAAAUUACUACGAGAAUCUGACGAUUUCCUUGGGCACACUCUUAUAGUUAUUCACACUUUGUCAGGAGACAUGGAUGCUUGGUAUAAUUUAGAGAAAAGAACGGACAGAUCGGCCGUCUCAGGGACAAUUCAUGUUAAAAUCAAUGUUGAAAUCAAAGGCGAAGAAAAAUGUGCUCCUUAUCGUCGACAAUAUACUUGUCUUCACGAGAACAUUUUCCACCACAUAAUGAAAUCGAAUGACAACAAGCUGCAGUUACCAGACCAGAGGGGAGUUGAGGAAGGAUGGAAAUUAUACUUCAGAGAAGAUGCUCAAGAUGUUAUCAGCGAAUUUGCACUCAGAUAUGGCAUCGAACCAAUGUAUCAAGCGAUGACUCACUUUUCCUGUUUAUCAUCUGCAUAUCAGAGUGUCGGUGCACGAGCAGUAAUGGCACAUUUACUUGCUAAUAUAACAAAGUAUUUUCACGUUCUUAAACAAGAAAAGAAUCAGAAAAAUCAGUUUGAAGCGUCAAAUUUCGGAAAAGAGAAAUUUCUAAAACUUUUGGACAACUUACUCAACUCUCUCCGUAUUGACAUGUCAAUGUACAGGAAAAAUUUCCCUUCAACUGGUUUAGAGAAUUUAGCCGAGUUGAAAGCGUGCAUCAACCUUAUCAAUGCAAUCAUAGAAUUCCGAGUAAAGGUUUUAAAUAUGAAGGCAGAAAGCGAUUCAAUAAUAGGCGAAUGUUGCAGACAAUGUAUGCAAAAAAGCUAUGAAUACAUGUUCGAAAACUGCAAUGAUAUGUAUGCAGACUAUCUAGAAUCCACGAGUGAAGCUCCGCCUGAAAAUGAUGACAAACCGGAUUGCGGCAAAAUCGAUUCUCUUGAAUAUUGGAUGAGAUUAAGCACACUUUUAACACAAAUUUUUGAUGAAGAUAAAACAUCAUACGCACCAAUAUUUCAACAAAACUCGAAUGUUCAACUUUUUGAUAUAUCGGUUCAAACAUUAUGGAGUCUCUUUAGUGAAGAUCUAGAGAAAGCCCUCUCUCUUCACUCAGCUCAUACAGAAUGUCAAUCCAAAGAAUUCAUGAAUUUACAAUUUAAAAUCAAAUGGAUUUAUAACGAAUACGUGUCGAAGACUUUGACCGACGGCGCAGGUCCGCCGAGAUUUUUCAGCCUGUUCGAGCCGUUCACGACUACAUGGCUGAAAGACAACGAAUCGGAUUCGAUUAGCAUAAUGCAGGCUGCUUUUGUACGUGAUAAGAAACAUGGGUUCAAAAAAACUUCGGAGCACUCUUUAUUCUCCAGUUCGAUAGUCGACGUUUUCUCGCAAGUCAAUCAGAGUUACGGUAUAUUGACUAAAUUGGAUUGUAGUGAUGUCGACGUAAGAAAUGGAUAUCUCAAGAAGUUCAGCAUGAACAUUGAAACGGUUUUGAUAGCAUAUUCAAAACUGAUACAAAGUACAUUUCCUGAACAUUGCAAAGAUAUUGAGAUUGCUUGUAUAUUGAUGAACAAUAUUCAGCAGGGCCGAAUUUUACUGGAAAAACUUUAUCAAACGAUGGGAGGAGAAUCGCUUCCAGAAGAAGUUUGUCAGAUAUUGACUGAAAUUCAAAACAAAUUGAAUUCAAUACUUGACAGACUUGCUGAAGAAUUUGCAUCUACAAACAAAGAAAAAUUGCACGAAGCUUGCAGUAGUCUAGGACAACUGUUGAGAGCGAUCAAAGGAAGCGGGAUGGUUGCUCCAACAGCAAGUACAAAACCCACCAGAGAAUCUGAUGCAGUUAUUAAGCCAUUAAUGGAUGUUCUUGACACAUGUUUAUGCGUAUUUGGUAAAUCAUCCGAGAAAACAGUAUUAAAAAGAGUUUUGAAAGAACUUUGGAAACUUGUUAUAACAACAAUGGAAGUUGUUGUUGUUUUGCCAGGAAUCGCAAAAGACGAAGAGGAGUGUCAAUCUGAUCCCGAGCAAGAUAAUAAAUUUCUUUCCGCACUUAAGGAUGCUGGACGAGAAGAUGCAUCCAAAAGCUUGACACCAAAACAUUGCACAGUAUUGGAGACGGCUUUAUAUCAAAUAAAGGACUACUUCCACGCUUCUGGAAAUGGACUCAAACGAGGAUAUUUAGACAAAAGUUCAGAACUAAAGAAAUUGUCGUAUGCUCUUUCACUAUAUACUCAAACUACGGACGCGCUCAUUAAAUUGUUUGUACAAAGUCAAAAAGAACAAGAUUCAGUGGACGAGAGUUCUUUGAUGGGUGAAGUAAAUGUUCAAGUUGAUCUGUUCACUCACCCUGGAACGGGUGAACAUAAAGUCACUGUGAAAGUUAUCGCUGGAGAAGGACUAAAAUGGAAAGUAUCUUCUAUGUUUCGACCUUUCAUUGAAGUUAAUAUGAUUGGACCAUAUUUGGGCGAUAAAAGAAGACAGUUUGCAACGAAGUGCAGAAGCAACACAGCAAGUCCGAAAUAUAAUGAAACAUUCACAUUUCAACUCAGCAAUGAAGCCACAUUGGAUAUUUACGAAGUUCAGCUUAUUGCCAAAGAUUAUUGUUUUGCAAGAGAAGAUAAAAUAAUCGGAAUAGCAAUUCUACAACUGCGUGAAAUAGUGAAACAGGGCUCAUGUGCGUGCUGGUGUCCUCUUGUAAACAGCAUGCAUUUCAACCAAACUGGUAAAACAGUUCUCAGGAUUCUUUCACAAAGACUUGGAGACAAUAUUGCUCGGGAAUUUGUUCACAUCAAAGCUUCAAUACGAUCUCCGGAACCAGUAUAAUAAAUAAGGACAAUAAGAAGUAUAACAUAUAAUCGCUAAAAGCUUGGAAUACAGAAGUGAAUCCGAAUUUCGUUGACUUGUGCAUCAGAAGCCUAGUCUACGCUGAGGAAUACCAGUGAAAUAUCAAUGCAAUGCCUGUUGUACCUGCCACUGUUCUGACAAUAAGAUAUUUACAUUUGAUUUCAUGCUGUAAAUUGCGAUUUUGUUCGAGCACUGUAAGGUCUCAGGCUCCAACUAGCUUAGAACGAGAUAGUCCUACAACUAAACCCCAAAACGAUAGGACUCUGGAGUAGGCGGAACGUUAAAAUAUUCACAUCAAACGAAUAGAUUUGAUUAAUUGUAAAUAUGUAUAACUAUUUGUGAGACUCAGAUUAUGAUUUACAAUAACACAUAUGUCCAAAAACGUUUGCUUGCUUAGUUUGUGCAUACCUGGCACGCGAAGCAUAGCCUAAAAAACUAAAUUGUCGUCAUAUACUAAUCUAUAUACUGGUAAGUGCCUUUUGUUCAGUAUUCAAUCAGUUAUAAUCAAGCAUUCCUUGUUGACGACAUGUCUUCUCUCUCAAUGUAUCCUAUUAUCCGUGAUGCAAUUAUAUAAAAACACUGAUACCAAGACUUCUGAAAUGAACCAUUUAGGAUAGGUUUGCCUAUGAUCAUAAUUUCAUAGUCUCAUUGCAAUAAUGAUGUUACUCUCAAUGCCCAAUUCCGUACUAUGUAUAGUUUUUAUAGUAACAUAACUAUAGCUUUAAAGUGUGAUUAUAUUUACUUUUGUGUGUAAAUAUGUAAUACAUAAUAAACAUUGCUUUUUGAAUAUAUGAUGGUUUUGGAAAAUAUAUCGGCGCCAUAUAUGCCAAACAAAUAUAUUUGCUCUUUCGCAUUUAUA